ACAAAAUAGAGGAACUUUAUUUUAUGGAGGAGGAAGUUGGGAGGGGUUGAUUUGAACCAAAGUCCGUUGGAGAAAAGCAGCAGUUCAUGGUGAUGACGAUUUCUCAUUGAUUGAGUUGUAGGGAUAAUCAGUUUCUUGUAGGAGAUGCAGUAUGCAUAUUUCCCUCUUGGGGCCUAUAAAUGAGGAUUCUUUCCACUGAGAUGCUCUGCUAGGGGUCUGUGACUGAUAGUUCUUUGGGUAGUAGACAUUGAGUGGUGUGGCUGUCCAUUUUAUCCACCCUUCUGAGUUUGCUUCUGUGGAAUUUCCCUUAAUUCAUGUUUACAGCUCAGACUGUCUGUUAGUUAUAGUUUAUAUGUCAUGAGGAGACUCAGUCACAUCUUUCUUCAGAAAGACCAUUCAAAUCUUUGCCCCUCAGUUACUGGUGAUUGGUUUUCAGGGAACUAUGGUGUUUUGUUGGUUGAUUUAGUCCACACCUGCUCUCUGUCACCAUCUGUAGUCAGAGUUUAUACCAAUUCUUUCCUUUUAUUCUUUGAAGUUGGGUAGGGCCUCAGUGAGUAACAGUGUUCUGUUGAGCACCUUGGAGAAGCAGAACACUGCCCGAGUCACUGUUUGGUGGCACAUGGCAGAGGCUUAUUAUUUGGGGCUUUGGCAGAGAUGCCCCAGUGACCCUUUGUGUUCCAGGAGCUGGCCCAGAAAUCAGCCCACUGUCCAAUUCUAAUUCACCUCCCCAUUCUGCGUUUAGUGACAACCUUCCUUUCAUACAUCCUUCUAGGAAAACUGCUUAGGAAGACUUUCUUAGCUGAAAAUGCCCCCAUACGUUCUCCUCUUGCAGCUUUGGUAACGGCAGUCCCUAAAUAGCUUGUUUGUCACUCUUCAGGGGUUAGUGAAGGAAACUCCCCCCCCAACCCACCCCAUUGCUCCUGAAAAAUGUGGGCCCACUUGUGAUUUGAGCUGAGUCCUCUGGGCACAGGUAAACUCGCCUGUUCACAUUCUUCUCCAGACAGGACACUGCAACUUUUGUCAGUCCUACCCCACCCCGUGUUAUACCUUUGUAGGUCUUGGGGUAAAUUUUUUCUGCUCACAUCUGUAAUCAAGGAGCUUCUGUGUAAGAGGGAGAAGGGCAAACUAGAGUUUGAAUCCAGACUUGUAAUGCUUAGUAGCCAGGUAACCUCAGACAUUACUAAAUUCUUCAAAGCUUUUGUUUGUCUGAGCAAACUGAGUAUUCUACUGCCUUCCUGGUAGGAGGGAGAAUUAAAUGGGUUGGCAGCUUGGAAGCGCCCAGGGCGGCAGCUGGUGAUACGUGUUCAUUCUCUUCCUCUCUUCUGCUUCCAUUCUGCUGGACAAGAGAAAUCACUGAAUCUGUCUUAAAUUUAAGUUUAUGUUUCUUGAGGGCCUACUGUGUAUGCGUGGCACUGGCCUUGGCAUUAGGAGUUACGAGUAGAGUGGGAAAUGAAACCCCAACCCUGAUCUUCGCGCCUGAGUUCAGCCUUGCUUCAGACUCCAAGCCAGAGUGCUAAUUAUCACCUGCUUAUCAGUGACCCUUCUGGAGCUGAACAGUGCGCUAGGCAGCAGAAGGGGACCUUUCUCCAGAGGACUAGCCUGCAUCCUCUUGGAGAUGGGGGAUUCUGAGCGGGGAGAGCAAACACAUGUACAACUUAGUUAGAUGGUAGGGUGAAGGAGGUGAGACCAGGAAGUAGCAGUUGGUGAAAAAAAAGAAAAAUAAACAUCAUCUUCUUUCCCUUAACCCUUUCAUCACUACCACUGUCAAAGGAUGCGUAGUAACAUUUGUUCGUGCACAUGGAAUGGCUUGACUUGCCAGCUCUGCUGUCAUCCCACUGUCAUGUGGGCUUUGCUCUGUAGAUCACUGCACUGGGUGACGCUCCAGGCCUGGAGGGAAUAGGAUGAAGGCCAGUGGUCCUCCUGGCCGCCCUUCCUUUAGCACUCAUGACAGUAGGAGGGGGAGUGGUGGGGGCACAGCCAUAGCUGGCGGCCUGUUCCCCUGAGUCCCUGAGCUGCAAGAAUGGGAGGAGGUAAAAGGGUAACAGGCCAUAUGGAGGCCAUUUGUCAGUCAAGAGAGCAGCCCAGACUGCUCUGCUGAGAAGGCAAGUGGGGGAAGGGGCUGGUGUCAGUGAGCUGGAGCAAGGGGAAAGCAAAGCAACACACCCCCUGACCAAAGGCUCAUCCUGCUCUAUUCUUGGCCUGUCCUGUCUCCAGAUAGCCAGACAGUCCUCCAACAACCUGUUUUCUUAUUUUUGCCAAAGCCUUUGCCCUACCCCAUUCCAAAAACCAGAAGUAAAGGUCUGCUUUGCUACGUGAAAAUGAAUGUAAAGUUUAUCAGUUCCUGAUAUGUGCCAGACAUCAUUGUGUUCGCUGCCACCAGAGCCAGAGAAUGGUGGCUACAUCUGCCACCCCCGGCCUUGCAGAGACCCCCUGAACGCGGGCAGCGUCAUUGAGUACCUGUGUGCCGAAGGCUACAUGUUGAAAGGCGACUACAAGUACCUGACCUGUAAGAAUGGAGAGUGGAAGCCAGCCAUGGAGAUCAGCUGCCGUCUCAACGAAGACAAAGAUGCCCACACGUCCCUGGGGGUCCCCACACUAUCCAUAGUGGCUUCCACUGCCAGCUCCGUGGCGCUUAUUCUCCUCCUCGUGGUGCUGUUUGUGCUACUGCAACCGAAGCUGAAGUCGUUCCAUCACAGCAGGCGCGACCAGGGAGUAUCUGGCGACCAGGUGUCCAUCAUGGUGGAUGGAGUCCAGGUUGCGCUCCCGUCCUAUGAGGAAGCUGUGUAUGGCAGUUCCGGUCACUGUGUGCCACCUGCUGACCCCAGGGUGCAGAUCGUGCUGUCAGAAGGGUCUGGGCCCAGUGGGAGGAAUGGGCCAAGGGAGCCGCAGUUGCAGGACCAGGGGGCCUGUUCAUCUGCCGGUGGAGAGGAGGAGGCCCCGGGCCAGUCUGGACUGUGUGAAGCCUGGGGUUCUCAAGGCUCUGAGACUGUGAUGGUGCAUCAGGCGACCACCUCUUCCUGGGUGGCCGGCUCAGGGAACAGCCGAGCGGCAUACAAAGAAGCCCCAGAUUCAGAGAACAGUGACAUACAAAGCCUUUUAUCCCUCACAUCGGAGGACUACACAGAUGAUAUCCCACUGUUGAAAGAAGCAUGAGCGCUGCCAUGGGCCUCUCCUCUCUGCGACGGUCCUCUCUGCCCUUCGUCCCUCUCCCUGUGGGUUUGAGCACCCUGUACUCCAGCCACCCUACCCGGAUACCUGAGCCGCCACCUGUGUAUCUGUGUAUCUCUGUAUCUCUGAGGGCCUCCACGCCCACCUUGCUGGAAACUCAAGGAAGAUUCUCGCCAUCUGCCUGCUGGACAGCUGGAGGAGCUGGCAUUUUGCCUAGCCCGGCCUUCCCAUCUGUGUCGGGGACAUAUUUGAAUGUGCUGGACAGAACUCUUCCUCUCCCUGAGCCCUCUGGAUCCCCUGCGGCCAGCUCUUUGGCGGCAGACCCCACCAGCCCGCGCGGGCCUGAGAGCCGCUGUGUUUACUUGUGCCUUCCCCCACCCCCGACCCCUCCAGUCCUCCUGUCACGCAGGCUGGUUGCUCUCCUGCAGGCCUCAGUGGCUGCACUGCUGCCCUCUGCCGCACAGGGUACCUGGCCUGGGGCUGGGGCUGGCCUGGCGCCACUGCCCUUAGCAGGAGCAGAUCCGAAGGUGGCUCUGAUUAGGGCGAGAAUGUGGGUCCCUGGCCUGCCCUUGGUUGAUAACUGGUGGCACAUGUCUUUGGCUGAGGAUGCAGGAUGUGGAAAAUCAUGCCAAAGCUCCCCUAGCGCCCAGCCAUCCAGCUCGGAGGUGCUGGAUCCUGGCCCUGCUGAGUUUCCAAGAAGCAUGGAGAAGAUGCUGCGGGAGGGAAGGAAGGUGGCUGAGAAUGACUGUCUUCCUAAUACGCAAGUCCUCACUUCCUACUUCCAGCAUCGGCCUUCCUGGCCUUGGUUUUCUCUGUUUCACUGGAGUGUAAGGGGAAGUGGCCUGCUGCCUCCUGGGUUGGAUCCUUGGCAACCUCCGCCUCCUUGCUGCCCACAGGGGCCUGCGUGAAUCAUUGCUGGGACGGGAGAGUUGCUGAGGUGCUGCGGAAUGCCCGCGAGGCCACUGGCAUUGGGGGCAGUUCCCCCAUUCUGGGUUCGUGGUGACGAAGGAAGCCUGAGAGGCACAGACCGAGUCUCCAGGCAGCUGCAGGCAGCUCCGCCCCAGUCCUGAGGGUCCUCGUCACCACAGUCACGUGCCUUAGUAACUGUGCCCAGGAAGCCUGCCGCUGCUUGCUGCGCCGCUGCUUUUCCUCAUCGUGUUUCCCUCCCACCCUUCCACGUGUCGCAGCUAACGGACAACUCCCUGCUCUCCCCGCGCACCUGGAGAGGGGCUGACUGUGCUAGACACCCCGCCUUCUAGACACCCCGCCUUGCUGCUCUGCGGUGGGUGAAAGCUUGCCAGGCAGCCUGGCCCCAGGGCUCUGCCGUCGAAGGGGGUGGGCUCCGUGCUCCCCGGUGCUUCUGCCGGGGGCUCCCGCUCGGCCGCCUGUGGCUGCUGACCAAGGCCGGGGUGGCAGAGCUCAGCCAGGCUGCUGCCAUCUGCAGAUGUGGCACGGAGGAGUGCUUAGUUCUGUUCUGUUUUUGAAGCACUGGGGCUGAGACACUUGUCACUGACCCCUUCUGCACCUCUGCUCGUCCCCGAGCCGCUCUGUUGGGGUAGUGAAAACAAUAAAGAACCCCUGUAUUUUCAGUACCUGACAGAACAGGGUAGCUCCAGGCAUGAGCCGCUACAAAAAUGAGGGGAAUGGCCUCCUCUCAGCCUCCUGCAUCCCUCUCACACGCACUUUACUACCCGCUCGUUCCCAGCCUCCUGGCACCACUGUAGUCUUCCUUCGCUCAGGGUAAGGGCAGUGCCUGCUGGGCCUGCGGGCACCCCCAUGUCUCUCCCCUUCCCCACCCAGGAGCCUUCACAUGCUGUGCGUAAAGCCCUGGCCGGCGUGGUUCAUCUGGAGCAGGUUGGCAGGGGUGCUGGGACGCAGGCCUCUGAGGGACCCGCAGAAGACGGGGGGCCUGUCCUUGGCCUCCAAAGAGGCCGUUUCCGGAGACGUGCCUGCCAGCAGGGGCUGGCACGGGGCCCAUCUGGAGGGUGGGUUCCCGACGAACCCUAGUGGCCUCAUCACACAUGGGCUCUCCUUUACCCACAGGGGUGCCCUUGUCUUCCUCCA